AUGACCCAACGGUUGGAAGCGCAAGGGAAGAAGAAUUCAGGAAGCCGAUUUGAGUGGGAUGACGGAUCCGACUAUGAUGAUGUAACAAAGAUAUUUGUACGAGGUUGCUCUCUAGGCAUACAAUACAUUCAGUUCAACUACAUCAAGAAUGGACAACCGAAAUGUGGAUCAGUCCAUGGUUUAACGGAACAAGGUUUCACUCAAACGUUUGAGAUCAACCAUCUAAAAGAAAAAAAUGGUACCAAAUUUUCACUAUCUGUGGACGGAAAGAAGAUCAUUGGGUUUCACGGAUCUCCUAAGACGAAUCUCAACUCUCUUGGAGCAUACUUCACAUGGAUCGCUCCUACUAGAUUGGAAGCACAAGGUGGGAAAGGAGGCGAGGAGUGGAACGAUGGAUCCGACCAUGAAGGUGUUACAAAAAUCUAUGUACGAGGUGGUUGUGAUAUUAUACAAUACGUCAAGUUUGAUUAUCUCAAGGAUGGACAGCAAAUAUUUGGGUCUGCCCAUGGUGCCCCAGGUAGAGAUGGUUACACGCAGACGUUUGAGAUCAACCAUCUCAACAAGGAAUAUUUGGUGUCUGUUGAGGGUUACUAUGAUGACGACAAACCGGGGGUCAUUCAUGGGCUUGAAUUUGAAGCUAACAUCAAGACUUCAGGCCUAAUAGGAUACGCCAAGGGUAACAAGUUUAGACUAGCAGUCAAUGGAAAGAAGAUUAUUGGAUUUCAUGGAUAUAGUACUGAAAAGAAUCUUAACUCUCUUGGAGCAUAUUUCACGACCUCUCCUUUAACUAAAUUGGAAUACAUCGGUGAGACUAUUGAGGCUGUCCUCUGGGAUGAUGGUGCCUAUGAUGGCGUAAAAAAGGUGACAGUUUAUUGUGAUGUCACUUUUGUAUGGCAUGUAAGGUUCGACUAUGUUAACGGAGGCAAAGUGGAAAGGCUGGAGCACGGGUCUAAAUUUGGAUCGACAAAUGAUUUUGUGGUAGACUAUCCGAAUGAAUUUAUAACUUCUGUGGAGGGGACUUUGACCAUGGACGGAUCAAGUACGUGUGUUUCUUCGUUGACUUUCAAAACAUCAAAAGGGAGAACCUCUCUAACCUUUGGAAGGGAAGGUAAAAGUAAAUUCGUCCUUGAGAGCAAAGGUUGUGCUCUUGUUGGGUUCCACGGACGGUCGAGACAACAUCAAACUUCACACUCGAGAAGGAAUGUCACAAGAUUGUCGGUUUUCAUGGAAAAGUAA